AACAUUAUCCCCCACUAUUUUAUGUUUUGCCUCAGUUGGUCUGAUCCUCUUCUCUUUAGAGAGAGAAAGAGAUGGGAGGGUGGGGAGAGAGAGAGAGAGCGAGAGAGAGAGAGAGAGAGGGGAGCUUAUAAGAGAAGACUGUGAUCACUGAGAAAGUCCCAUGGAAAGGAACCAGAUUUUAGGGCCUUCUUUUGUCUCCUACAAUCUUUGAUUAGAUUUUCCAUCACCCUUCAUAUUCUUGUUUCCGUCUCUUCAAAUUCCACGAACAUAAAAGUAGGGUUUUCUGCAAAAAUCUCAGCCGCUGAUAUGUAGCCAGGAAGAAAUGGUGUCGAAAUCGUAUUCCAAUCUUUUAGAGCUUGCGUCCGGCGAGGGAGACUCGUUUGGCCGAAUUGGCCGGCGAAUCCCACGAGUUAUGAAUGUGGCCGGCGUGAUGUCCGAUGUGGAUGAUGAAGGGUACACGUCUUCAUCGUCCAGCCAACGUGACCGAAUCAUCAUUGUGGCUAACCAGCUCCCCAUAAAAGCUCAGAGGAAGACGGAUGACAGUAAGGGUUGGAUUUUCAGUUGGGAUGAGAAUUCGCUACUCCUCCAAUUGAAAGAUGGUUUGGGGGAUGAUGAGAUUGAAGUGAUUUAUGUUGGUUGUCUUAAGGAGGAGAUUCACCCGAACGAACAAGAUGAGGUUUCCCAAUUCCUCCUGGAGACCUUUAAAUGUGUCCCAACCUUUCUCCCACCAGAUCUUUUCAGCCGCUACUAUCAUGGGUUUUGCAAGCAACAGUUGUGGCCGCUGUUUCAUUACAUGCUGCCCCUUUCGCCGGACCUCGGUGGUAGGUUCAACCGAUCGUUAUGGCAAGCGUAUGUGUCAGUGAACAAGAUUUUUGCAGACAGGAUCAUGGAAGUGAUUAACCCAGAAGAUGAUUUUGUCUGGGUACAUGACUAUCAUCUGAUGGUGUUGCCGACCUUUUUGAGGAAGAGAUUCAACCGUGCGAAACUUGGGUUUUUCCUCCACAGUCCGUUCCCUUCGUCUGAGAUUUACAAGACAUUGCCUGUCAGGGAAGAGAUUCUGAGAGCCCUUUUAAAUUCUGAUUUGAUCGGAUUCCAUACAUUUGAUUAUGCAAGGCAUUUCCUCUCUUGCUGUAGUCGAAUGCUUGGUCUUACGUAUGAAUCCAAGCGGGGUUAUAUAGGCCUCGAGUAUUAUGGUCGAACUGUUAGCAUCAAGAUUCUUCCUGUUGGCAUACACAUGGGUCAGCUGCAGUCCGUUUUGAGCCUACCCGAAACGGAAGCCAAGGUUGCUGAGCUUAUCAAACAGUUCUCUGACCAGGGAAGGACAAUGUUACUUGGAGUUGAUGACAUGGAUAUUUUCAAGGGUAUAAGUCUGAAGCUUUUGGCAAUGGAGCAGCUGCUUGUUCAGCAUCCAGUGGCAGGGAAGGUCGUGUUGGUGCAGAUAGCCAAUCCAGCAAGGGGUCGGGGAAAAGACGUGAAAGAAGUUCAGGCAGAGACAUCCUCAACUGUGAAGCGAAUUAAUGAAACGUUUGGGAGACCCGGAUACAAGCCUGUCGUGUUGAUUGAUGAACCACUCAAGUUCUAUGAGAGAAUUGCAUAUUAUGUUGUUGCCGAGUGUUGCUUGGUGACCGCUGUCAGGGAUGGAAUGAAUCUAAUUCCAUAUGAAUACAUAAUCGGUCGGCAAGGAAAUGCGAAAUUGGACAAAGUUUUGGGGUUGGAGCCGUCCAUCCCGAAGAAGAGCAUGUUAGUUGUGUCCGAGUUCAUUGGCUGCUCUCCUUCUUUGAGCGGAGCAAUUCGUGUGAACCCCUGGAAUAUUGAUGCUGUGGCAGAUGCAAUGGACUGUGCCCUUGAGAUGGCGGAGCCAGAAAAACAGCUCAGGCACGAGAAGCAUUGUAGAUAUGUCAGCACGCAUGAUGUUGGGUACUGGGCCCGUAGUUUCCUCCAGGAUUUGGAAAGGACAUGUAAGGGCCAUUUGCGUCAGAGGGCCUGGGGUAUUGGGUUCGGGUUGAGUUUCAGAGUUGUGGCCCUUGGUCCAAACUUCAGGAAGCUUUCUAUGGAGCAUAUAGUGUCAGCUUACAGAAGGACUACAACUAGGGCGAUCCUUCUCGACUAUGAUGGCACGUUGAUGCCUCAGGCUUCCAUUGAUAAGAGCCCGACUUCUAAAUCCAUUGAAAUCCUGAAUAGCUUGUGCAGAGACAAGAACAACAUGGUUUUCAUUGUUAGUGCGAAAAGUCGCAAAGUACUAGCUGAAUGGUUCUCUCCUUGUGAGAAACUUGGAAUUGCUGCUGAGCAUGGAUACUUUCUACGGUUAAAGCGAGAUGCAGAAUGGGAAACUUGUGUACCGGUUGCGGACAGUAGUUGGAAGCAGAUUGCAGAGCCGGUAAUGAAGCUUUACACUGAAACAACUGAUGGUUCCACCAUUGAAGACAAGGAAACUGCGCUUGUGUGGUGUUAUGAGGAUGCGGAUCCUGAUUUUGGAUCAUGCCAAGCUAAGGAACUUGUGGAUCAUCUUGAAAGUGUGCUUGCUAAUGAACCAGUUACUGUUAAAACCGGGCAGAAUGUAGUUGAGGUUAAGCCACAGGGCGUAAACAAGGGACUUGUAGCAAAACGUCUACUUUCCACCAUGCAAGAAAGGGAAAUGUCACCAGAUUUUGUUCUCUGCAUAGGGGAUGACCGAUCUGAUGAAGACAUGUUUGAGGUAAUUACAAGUUCCAUAUCAGGCCCGUCCAUUGCUCCCAGAGCAGAAGUAUUUGCGUGCACAGUUUGCAAAAAACCCAGCAAAGCCAAGUAUUAUCUGGAUGAUGCCGCGGAGAUUGUUAGGUUGAUGCAGGGAUUGGCAUGUGUCUCUGAGCAAACUGUACCUCUGUAAGUUUACCAAAGAUAAAGAUAGGGCAUUGUCUCAUUUUCUUUGUAACUGCCACAAUGAAGGCUGCGCGGUGUAUUUCACAGGUGCUUCUGUUUCCUUGCUUCUUUCUUUCAUCAUGUAAAAAGUAUGUAGUGUUAUGAGAAGCUGUGCAAUCGGAUACUUUUUUCGCAUUUGUUGUUGUAAAGCUGUAAAUGUGUUUGUGCAUGAAGUCCGAACUCGUUUCACCGCAUUUGAUAAUCGGCAGUUUUAAACGAGGGAAACCUCGUUCAUGUCAA